CGAUAUCUCAUUUAUUAUUUGCUUUCACAAGUAAGCAUUUAAUAAAUUCUCAAAUUUUAAGGCCGCAAACAUGUUUCCGGGAAAAUUCAAAGAACCCACCACCCAAAUUAAGAACCUAGAUCAACUGAUCGGUGAUAAACUCAACGUGAAAGUGAAAAAACACACCGCGGAACCGUUGACGCAAUUCGGAGAGAACUUCGGCAGUGAAAUCCUAAAAGUCAACAUCACCGUGGAAGAACAUGACGGAACAGAAAGAGAAAUUCACGCGGUAGCAAAGUUGAUUCCGCCCACGGAGAUGCAGUUGGAAAUAUUCAACACCCAAGUGACUUUUAAGAAUGAAAUCGGGUUUUACGAGGAAAUCGUUGGGGCCAUGAGGGAUUUUCAACGGGAACAUGGGGUGGAACCCACGAAGGCUUUUGCGGAACUUUACGGGGCGAGGAUCAACUUGGAACCGGGCAGUCAUAAAGUGGAUAACGACGGGAUUAUCGUGAUGGAGAAUUUAAAAAUUGCAGGGUUCGACGUGAUCGAUCGCUUCGAAGGUUUCGACCUAAACGGAGCGAAAAAGAUCCUCACGACAAUCGCCGAGUUCCAUGCGACUGUUUUAGCGAUAAAAAUCAAAAAACCGGAAAUUUUCCACACAAAAAUCAACCCCUAUUUGACCGAACUGGUACUGGACAAAGCCCCGCCAUUUGAACUUGGCAAUCUUCUGGAACAAAACCCCGCCACGGCCCAUUUGGCUUCCAAAGUAAAACAGAAAAUCGUCGAAAAGAAACACGUGAAGAAACAGAGGGAACCUUGGGCGACAAUAAGUCACAACGACUUAUGGGUGAACAACAUCAUGGUGAAGAAGAGUCGAGACGGCGACAUCCAGGAGGUGAAACUGGUCGAUUUCCAGGCACCCGACUUGGCAUCGCCCGCCUGUGAUUUAUUGUUUUUCCUGUUUUCCAGUGUACAAGAACCGGUGCUACGGUUCCACUUUGAUCGCCUUGUUCAGUGGUACUUUAAAGAAGCCAUAAACACCUUAUCCAAAUAUAAAGUCAACCUGGAGCAAUUUACGUUUGAGUCGUUCAAGGAGGAAUUGAAAGCCGAGUCGCAUAGGGAAAUGUAUCACGCGAUGUUUAUGUUGAAUGUCGUAUUGGGACCGAAGGGGGGAUUACCGGAGAUGCCUGGAAAAGCUCCAGAGUGGUCGCCCAACGGGAACUCUAAUCCGAGGAAGCAAGCGGCUACAAAUGAUUUUAUGAAAGCUAAAUUUCCAGCUGGAUUUAGGGAGAAGGUGUGUUGCUUCGUGGAGUUGGCUGAGAAGCAAAAGUGGAUUUAGGUGCAAGAAGAUUUAUUUGAGGGUGUAAUAAAUUUGUUUCAAGAA